GGCCCCAGCUUCUUGCUGCAGAGGGGCAGGAAGCACACAGUAGUCUGCAGGUGUGUAGGCUGAGGCGAGGAGUGGCUGACACUGACCCCAACCUGUGGCCCCCAGCCCCUGGCAGGCGAGGUAAGAGCCGCAGCCAUGGCGGGGAUGAAGACAGCCACCGGGGACUAUAUCGACUCAUCCUGGGAGCUGCAGGUGUUUGUGGGAGAGGAGGACCCCCAGGCCGAGUCAGUUACUCUCCGGGUCACGGGGGAGUCACACAUCGGCGCUGUGCUCCUGAAGGUUGUGGAGAAGAUCGAGCGCAAGCAGGACUGGUCAGAUCAUGCCAUUUGGUGGGAACAGAAAAGGCAAUGGCUGCUGCAGACCCACUGGACACUGGACAAGUAUGGCAUCCUGGCUGACGCCCGCCUCUUCUUCGGGCCCCAGCACCGGCCCGUCAUCCUGCGGCUGCCUAAUCGCCGCGCCCUGCGCCUCCGAGCCAGCUUCUCCCAGCCCCUCUUCCAGGCUGUGGCUGCCAUCUGCCGCCUCCUCAGUAUCCGGCACCCUGAGGAGCUGUCUCUGCUUCGGGCUCCAGAGAAGAAAGAGAAGAAGAAGAAAGAAAAGGAGCCAGAGGAGGAGUUGUAUGACUUGACCAAGGUCGUCCUGGCUGGGGGUGUGGCACCUGCAUUGUUCCGGGGGAUGCCAGCCCAUUUCUCAGACAGUGCUCAGACUGAGGCCUGCUACCACAUGCUGAGCCGGCCUCAGCCCCCGCCAGACCCCCUCCUGCUGCAGCGCCUGCCCCGGCCCGGCUCCCUGGUGGACAAGACCCAGCUCCACAGCAGGUGGCUGGACUCGUCACGGUGCCUCAUGCAGCAGGGCAUCAAGACUGGGGACACACUCUGGCUGCGCUUUAAGUACUACAGUUUUUUCGACCUGGAUCCCAAGGCAGACCCAGUGCGGCUGACCCAGCUGUAUGAACAGGCCCGGUGGGACCUGCUGCUGGAGGAGAUUGACUGCACCGAGGAGGAGAUGAUGGUGUUUGCAGCACUGCAGUACCACAUCAACAAGCUGUCCCAGAGUGGGGAAGUGGAUGACCCGGCUGGCACAGACCCGGGGCUUGACGACCUGGAUGCAGCCCUGAGCAACCUGGAGGUGAAGCUGGAGGGGUCAGCGUCCACGGAUAUGCUGGACAGCCUCACCACCAUCCCAGAACUCAAGGACUAUCUUCGGAUCUUCCGGCCCCGGAAGCUGACCCUGAAGGGGUACCGCCAACACUGGGUGGUGUUCAAGGAGACCACACUGUCCUACUAUAAGAGCCAGGACGAGGCCCCGGGGGACCCCAUUCAACAGCUCAACCUCAAGGGCUGUGAGGUGGUCCCUGAUGUCAAUGUCUCAGGCCAGAAGUUCUGUAUCAAGCUCCUGGUGCCCUCCCCUGAGGGCAUGAGUGAGAUCUACCUACGGUGCCAGGAUGAGCAGCAGUAUGCCCACUGGAUGGCCGGCUGCCGCCUGGCCUCCAAGGGCCGCACCAUGGCGGACAGUAGCUACGCCAGCGAGGUGCAGGCCAUUCUGGCUUUCCUCAGCCUGCAGCGGACAGGCGCUGGGGGCUCGGGCAACCACCCCCAGAGCCUUGAUGCCUCCACUGAGGGCCUUAACCCCUAUGGCCUUGUUGCCCCCCGCUUCCAGCGAAAAUUCAAGGCAAAGCAGCUCACCCCACGGAUCCUGGAAGCCCACCAGAACGUGGCCCAGCUCCCACUGUCAGAAGCCCAGCUGCGCUUCAUCCAGGCCUGGCAGUCCCUGCCCGACUUUGGCAUCUCCUAUUUCAUGGUCAGGUUCAAGGGCAGCAGGAAAGAUGAGAUCCUAGGCAUUGCCAACAACCGACUGAUCCGAAUAGACUUGGCCGUGGGUGAUGUAGUCAAGACCUGGCGCUUCAGCAACAUGCGCCAGUGGAAUGUUAACUGGGACAUCCGGCAGGUCGCCAUCGAGUUUGAUGAGCAUAUCAACGUGGCUUUCAGCAGUGUGUCUGCCAGCUGCCGCAUCGUGCACGAGUACAUCGGCGGCUACAUUUUCCUGUCAACACGGGAGCGGGCCCGUGGGGAGGAACUGGAUGAAGACCUUUUCCUGCAACUCACAGGAGGCCACGAGGCCUUCUGAGGCCUGUCUUUCUGCUCUUGCCCCGCUUAGCACCUGCCACGGCCACUCCUAAGCCCACACUCACUGGGACUCACUGCCCACGCCCUGUCCAGACAUGCACUAAGCUGGGUACAUUUACUGACUGUCACUGGCAUUGUGCAGAACCAGGAACCUGGUUGGGCCAGACUCUGUUAUCCCCCAGGCUAGGGAGGGUGGUCCCUGAGCUCACACAGCACCCACCCUUCCCUUGUCCAGAUGGCUGAGACCAACAUCCCUAACCUAGCUGUUGUCCCUGAGCACACUAGAAAGACCAGCUGUCGCUAUGGGAUGAUGAUUCAUGGUUCAAACUGGAAUUUUUUUUGUUUUUACAUCUUUUUAAAAUAAAUAUUUUAUUGUUGGAUCAUU